UCGAAUAAUUUUACGCAAGUUUGAAUUUGUUUUGAGUUUUACGCGCAUAAGAAAUUCAAAUUUUAAACCAUGUUUUCGCUAACGAGGACAUUUUUACGCGCUGCAAGGCCCAGCUGGUUCAGCAAGCAACAGUUUUCAACAGAACGGCUGCCGACAGUCCAACCCGUUUCGACGAAAUCACUCGAGGAUUACGAAAAUGACCUGGAAUCGCAGUUCAAACAGAUGCUCCGGGUCGAAUCGCGAUCCCCGCUGGAACCGGUGCAAGAUCCGUCCAUCGUCGAUACCCACCCGCACAUUCGACCGGCCUUCAACUUCGCAGCGUACGUCAACAAAUCGGAAUCCCUGCAGCACCUGGUCAAGCUAGGCGUAGAUCUGCACAAGCUGGAGAAACGGAAAGGAAUUCCGCAGUUUAUUCUGCAGCUCGACUUUGAGCGCGACAUGAGGGAGCACCUGAAGUUCCUCACCGAGGUUGGCGUCCCACUGGAGGGUUUGGGAGAGUUUGUAACGAAAAAUCCGCUAAUUUUCAAAGAAGACCUCGGGGACAUGGAAGUUCGGAUAAACUAUCUGGAGUCGAAACGGUUUCUGCCGGAGCAAAUCUCCAGAAUUGUUUGUAAAAACCCGUUCUGGUUGAUGAUCAGCACGAAGCGAAUCGACAAGCGGCUUGGCUACUUCCAGAAAACGUUCAAAAUGAUGGGCGAUGAAGUUCGGUUGCUGACCGCGAAACAACCUAGAAUUAUAACGUACAACUUGGAGCACAUCCGGCAGAACACGUUCACCGUCCGCGAAGAAAUGGGUUUCGAGCCGGAGGAAAUGAAGCAGCUGCUGCUGAGCAAACCGAAGCUUUGGAUGAUGAACCAAGACAAGCUGCUGCACCGCUUCGAGUACGUGCACCGCCGCAUGCAGGUCUCGCACGCGGAGAUCCUCAAGGUGCCGGAAGUUCUUCAAUCGCGCGAUCACAGACUAAAACACCGGCACGGUUUCCUGCGCUUCCUCGGCAAGGCCCAGUACGACCCGCGCAAGGAGCUGUAUAUUUCGCUGAAAUCACUCGUCGAAGGUACCGACGAAGAGUUUGUAAGAGAUGUGGCCAGGUCGAGCAUGGAAUGCUACACGAGCUAUUUAAAGACGCUUUAAAAAAAAAGUACACAGUAAUAAAAGUUUUGGUAUCGAGGAACACAAACAUAAAAA